AUGAAUCACAUGCUUUCAAAUUGGAGGGUCUGGGAGGUGGGCGAGGUUCUCUGGAACGUGCGGAAGGCGUGGGACUCUCCGGCGAGCCAGGAGGAGCGCGGGGAGGCCCUGCGCGCCGGCUUGGUCCAGCUGGGCCCGGUCUUCGUGAAGGUUGGCCAGACCUUGGCGCAGCGCCCCGACGUGGUCGGCGAAGAAGCGGCCGCGGAGUUGAAGAGCCUGCAGGUGGAUGCCAAGCCUUUCGACAACAGGUACGCCUACCGAACGAUCAUGGAGGACCUCAACCACAGCGGCCCUCUCUCCCCGGAGCUUUGCCCAGAGCAGUGCGAUGAGACGCAGCGAGCCCUCUUCGCAUUCUUCUCCCCGGAUCCCGUGGCAGCGGCCAGCCUGGGACAGGUCUACAAGGCAAAAACGCACGACGGGGUGUGGCUGGCGGUGAAAGUGCGCCGCCCCGGCGCCGCCCGGUCUGUGGCCCUGGACUGGGCCUGCAUGUUUGUCCUGACAAAGAUGUACCGAGCGGUCCGGGCGGCGUACAACGACUUUACCAUCCUCGCCGACCAGGUGGCCAGCGGCGUCUUCUUGGAGCUUGACUACCACAACGAAGCGCGGAAUGUCCAG